GUCUCCCGCCAAAACAUGGACCCAACCACCUCACUCUCCAAAGCUUUGUUCAACAACACCAACAAUCCCAAGCUCGCAUGGCACCUCUUCAAGCGCAUCAUCUCCUCCCCCACCUCCUCCUCAUCCUCCUCCGAUCUCCCCCUCCGCUCCAUCCCCGUCAUUGCCCGUAUCCUCAUCGACUCCAAAAUGCACCGCGAAAUCGACAGCCUUCACCAGCUCCUCCUCCUCUCUCAACCCCUCGAAACCCUUCGCCCUUGCCUUGUUUCGCUCGUGCGGAUCUUGGCCAAGUCGAAUCUCCCCGAUAAAGCCGUUGCCCAUUUCAAAUCCCUCCGCAGCCGCUUCCCUGAUAAGCCCCCCUCUGUGUAUUUGUAUAAUUUGCUUCUCGAGUCCUCUCUCAGGGAGAACAAUGUAGAUUUCGUCUUGUGGCUGUAUAAGGAUAUGAUCUUCUCCGGGAUUAAGCCCGAAACUUAUACUUUUAACCUUUUGAUUUGGGCCUUGUGUGAAUCGGAUCGUUUGGAUGAUGCCCGCGAGAUGUUUGAUAAAAUGCGUGACAAGGGUUGUCAACCGAAUGAGUACAGUGUUGGGAUUUUGGUUCGUGGGUAUUGUCGAGCUGGGCUUGCUGGCAGAGGUUUGGAGGUUUUGGAUGAGGUGAGGAGUUGUAAUGUUUUGCCGAAUAAGGUUGUGUAUAAUACUUUGAUUUCUAGCUUCUGUAAACAAGGAAGGACUGAUGAGGCCGAGAAGUUGGUAGAGAGGAUGAGAGAGGAUGGAUUGUUUCCAGAUGCCGUUACUUUCAAUUCUAGGAUUUCAGCUCUCUGCAGUGCAGGGAAAAUCCUUGAAGCUUCUAGAAUAUUUAGAGAUAUGCGUGUAGAUGAUCAAGGGUUGGGGCUGCCUCAACCUAAUGUUGUAACAUAUAAUUUGAUGUUGCAAGGAUUUUGCAAGGAAGGGAUGCUAGAGGAAGCAGAGGCAUUGCUCAAAUCUAUGGAAAAGGCUGGUGAUUUUAUUAAUUUAGAGAGUUAUAACAUAUGGUUGUUGGGUCUGGUCAGGAAAGGAAAGCUCUUAGAGGCACGAUUGGUUCUUCAAGAGAUGGUAGAUAAAGGAAUAGAACCCAGUAUUUACUCAUACAACAUUGUGAUAAAUGGGUUAUGCAAAAGUGGGAUGCUCCGUGAUGCAAGAAUGGUGAUGAGUCUAAUGGAAAGAAACAAUAUUUCCCCUGAUACGGUGACCUACAGUACUUUACUUCAUGGUUUCUGCAGUAAAGGUAAGGUAUUUGAGGCCAACAAUAUCCUGCAUGAGAUGAUGACGAAUAACUGCUUCCCAAAUACUCAUACUUGCAACACUUUACUGCAUAGCCUAUGGAAGGAGGGAAGGACAUCAGAAGCAGAGGAGCUUCUGAAAAAGAUGAAUGAGAGAGGUUAUGGCUUAGAUACUGUGACCUGCAAUAUUGUGAUUGAUGGUCUGUGCAACGAUGGGAAAUUGGACAAAGCAAUUGAAAUUGUAAGUGGGAUGUGGAGUCAUGGAAGUGCGGCUCUUGGAAACUUAGGGAACUCCUUUAUUGGCCUGGUUGAUGAUAGUAAUAAUGGGAAGAAAUGCAGCCCUGAUUUGAUCACGUAUUCAACCAUAAUUGGUGGGUUAUGCAAGGCUGGGAGGCUUGAUGAAGCGAAGAAGAAGUUCAUGGAGAUGUUGGGGAAAAAUUUGCCCCCUGAUUCAGUGAUUUAUGAUAUGUUUAUACGUAGUUUUUGUGAGCAAGGAAAGAUAUCAUCUGCAUUCCGGGUGUUGAAGGACAUGGAGAAGAAAGGUUGCAACAAGAGCAUUCAAACUUAUAAUUCACUAAUCCUGGGAUUAGGGAGUAAAAAGCAAAUAUUUGAAAUAUAUGGACUGAUGGAUGAGAUGAGAGAAAGAGGAGUCCCCCCUGAUGUGCGCACUUAUAAUAAUAUGAUGAAAAGUCUCUGUGAAGGAGAGAGAGUCAGAGAUGCCACAUCUCUUUUAGAUGAAAUGCUGCAGAAGGGUAUAUCCCCGAACAUAUCUACCUUCAGAAUAUUGAUUGAAGCUUUCUGCAAGGGAUGUGAUUUUGGAGCUGCGCAUGAGGUAUUCGACAUUGCUUUAAGUGUAUGUGGCCACAAGGAAGCUUUGUAUGGUUUGAUGUUCAAUCAGUUGCUCGCUGGAGGGGAAAUAUGGAAUGCUAAAGAGCUAUUUGAAGUUGCAUUAGACAGGUAUUUUUGUCUUGGAAAUUUUAACUACAAAGAUCUCAUUGACAGACUUUGCAAGGAUGAAAAGUUAGAGGAUGCUAGCAGCAUUCUUAUCACGAUGAAGAAUAAAGGAUAUGGAUUUGAUCCAGCAUCAUUCCUGCCUGUAAUUGAUGGCUUAGGUAAAAGGGGAAAUAAGCACGGGGCGGAUGAACUUGCAGAGAGAAUGAUGGAAAUGGAAACAGAGGGUAGGGUAACAGAUAAGGUUUACCGAAAUGAGAGGGAAACAAGUGGUCGAAAACCAAAUAACACCUGCAGAAGUGAUUGGCAGACCAUAGUGCACAGAGAUGAUGGCAGUGGAAUAGCAUUGAAAACCCUCAAGCGGGUACAGAAAGGCUGGGGUCGAGAGAGUCUAAUUAAUUUGCAGCCCCACACAAAUGAAUUUAUCGAUUAUUGAGAGGAAAUGAUUUCCCUAAAAAACUUGGAGUUGGUUGGCGACAUAAUGGAACCUUUCAAAAAAAGCCAAGAAAGAAAUCGACCUUUAAGAUCUCAGGAUUGUCUUCCUCAUGUGCUUCGGGUCAACUUGAUUCGGCUUCUGGUCCUAUGUUUUGGUUGCAUAUCAAUAGCAUUGAUCACAUAGCAAAGUUGAAGGAAGCUAGAACCACAGUUUUUACCUCCAGACCAGCUGAGGAUGCAUGGGACAAGAAGUGUGAUUCGUCAUUCGUAGAGAUACUGCUAAGUCGCAAACUUGCCUCUACUCGAUUCUGAGACCUCCUUAAGCCCAUUGAAAACGUCAGACUGGCAUCUACUCCGUUAUUACGUCUCCGUUGGCCCUUACAUACUACUUGGUUUCGUAUUUGAUACUUUUUUACUACACCCAUUCUUCCUGUUUUCCUUUAGUUCUUUGAACAGAUCUGUAUUUUUAGCAAUGUAUAGAUAUGAAAUAUUAGUGAAACACUUCAAAAAUCAGAAGUAUAAUACAAAAUCGCUCGCCUUUCAA